CAGAAAUUGGUGUAGUAGUGCUUUCGUCGUGCAAGUAAUUGAACAUGGAGGCUCAAGUCACCCAGCUGGCAUCUCUCAGCCAGAAGGACAAGGUGUCAGCCUACCUAUCCCUACUCUCUCAGACUCUUUCUCGUCCAGAUCUUUCUUCUGCCCCCGCCGAUAUCCAUGUCAUCGUCGACAGCGCCGUCAACGAAGCAAGCGCAGGCCUCGUAGUCGGGAGACAAGUUCUCGCAGAGCUUGUCAAGAACAUUGAGUCUGGUGCCAUCAAGGACCACGAUCUUCGCAAGCAGGUCGUGCAGGACACCCUUGCUAUCCUUGAGCGCGCUGCAUCUUAUGAAGAACAAGUCAACUCUUUGCGAUUCCAACUUGCGGAUCUCUUGGAGGCAGAAGAGGAAUGGAGCGAAGCAGCUCAUGCUCUGAUGGGCAUCUCCUUUGAUGGCCCAACCUCGCUGCUCAAUGAGCUCAAAUUCAGAGUCUACAUUCGCAUCGUUCGGCUCUUACUCGAAGAAGAAGAUUCUGUGCAGGCCGAGACGUAUUAUAAUCGCGCUGCUUCGCUGUCCAACUCCACCAGCGACAAAGAAACGCUGCUCCAGUUCCGACUUUGCCAGGCACGCAUCAGCGACUACGCCCGCAAAUUCUUGGAGGCCGCCAUGCGUUACCAUGAGUUGAGUUGGGUGGCGGAGAUCGACGAAGAGGAACGUAAACACAUCCUACAAGUCGCCGUCACCUGCGCAGUGCUCGCGCCUGCAGGUCCCAACCGUUCUCGCGUUUUGGCUUCUUUGUAUCGGGAUGAACGCUCCGCCGAGCUCCCUACAUAUAACAUCUUGUCCAAAAUGUUCCUCGACCACAUUUUGCGCCCAGCAGAGGUGAAAAGCUUUGAGGAGACCCUCCGCCCGCAUCAGUUGGCCAAGAUAGCGAUCUCCUCCAACGAUCAGCUUGCAUCUGCAGUGGACGAUGACGAGCUAGACCCCUCUGCAAGCACUCGUAGGGGUCCUUCGACGGUUCUGGAUCGCGCCGUCAUGGAGCACAACCUGUUGGCAAGCUCUAAAAUCUACAACAACAUCACAUUCCGUGGCUUGGGGGCUCUCCUGGAUUUGACUCCAGGAGCCGCCGAAACAAUGGCCCGGAAGAUGAUUGAACAGGGACGGCUGAAGGGACACAUUGACCAAGUAGACAAAUUGAUAUGGUUUGAGGGUGCAAAGGAAGAGGACGACGCCCAGGGCAAGGCAGGUGGUCUGGGAGAUGUCGAACAGGUUACCGAGGACACUGGAUCACCGUUCACGAAACGCUGGGACAUGCAAAUCAGGAUGACCGCCGCGAACGUGGAGUCCAUCGUACAACAUCUUGCAGACAAGAACCUGCUCCAGCCUGUGCCUGUUGGUGCUCAGACAGUCUAAUAUCCAUGUUCGAAGUCCAUAAUCAUUACGUCAACAGUUGCUAUAAUGUACCUUCGCAAGUGUACUGUAUAAAAACUCAUUGCUGUGUAGCAUUCUCUACCUUUCUGCGUUUCUUCGCUCGCUCUUUCUUCGUCUCUAAC